AAAUAUUCUAUGCAUAAAUUAAAAAGCAAUAUGAAUUAUAUCAUCAUCAGAUUGAAUCGUCAUGUCUUCUGGGUGUCAAAGAUGAUGGUAAGUAUGAUGUUAAAGGGUCUUGUGCUUAGAUAGAGAUGAUUUAUGACAUCGGUAAAUUUUUUAACUAAGGCUAUGUCUCUUUUGAUGAUAUUAUAUAAUGAAGAGGAUUAGCUACUUCGAUGUAGUCAGUGAUAUAUUUCACUCUUAAUGGUCCAACCAUAGUGUUAAAUAAUCCACAUCCAUUAUAAAACAUGAAAAUAAUUAGCAUACAUAUUAUAUUACUAUAUAUAAUUACAUUAACUUUGGCCAUAUCAUCAAAUGCCAUAGUUGAAAAUUUUAUUUCAAAAGUAAAAUCCUUAAUCUCAUCACAACCAAAAGAAACAACUCCUUAUCAAAUACAAGCUAUAAAUAUUAAUGCUCCAGUAUUUGAAAAUAUUGAUAGAAGAGACGAUACGGUAGAUGAAGAUGAUGAAUACUGUACCGAAGAAGAAACUGAUGAUGACGAUGAAUACUGUACAGAUGAUGAAGAUGAAGAUGAAGUUGUCGAAUCUUCUUCUUCAGUAUUUAUAAGUCCAGCACCUACUAGCAGUAUUCCUACAAUUCCAAGUACAUCAACAACAACAACAAGUAGUAUUGUACCAAUUAUACCUACCACAACUUCAACUUCUAGUAGUGUACCUAUUAUCCCAACUACAUCGACAACUUCUACUAGUAGCAUUCCAGUUGUACCUACCACUACAACAACUGAAAGUAGUGUUCAAACUACUACAUUUCCUUCAACAACUACUUCAUCUGUUAUAGUUGACACAACCACCUCCAUAGUUUCUCCAACUGCAACUAGUUUUGAUUCAUCAACUUCUCCACCACAAACUACUGCUGCCCCAAGUUCAUCUAUUGACGAAGAAGAAGAUUGUCCUGAAUAUACAGAUGAAGAAGACGAUGAUGAUGUUGAUGACGAUGAAGAAUACUGUACAACUGAUGAAGAUGAUGACGACGAUGAAUAUUGUCCAACCGAUGAUGAAGAUGAAGAUAUUAUUCUUUCAUCUAGCUCUUCAAGUGAUAUCACAUUAUCAAGUGAAAUUCCAACUUCAAGUUCUAUAUCAAGUUCCCUAGAACUCUCGAGUGAUACUUCAUCUAUUCUUUCGACUGAAAUUUCUACAUCAACCGAAACUACACCAUCAAUUUCAAUCGAAUCAUCAAUCGAAAUUAUUUCAUCUAGCGAAGUUUCAUCAUCAAGUGAUAUGCCAUCAUACAUUGCCUCAGAAUUAUCCAGUGAAGCUUCAUCGUCAAGUGAAUUCACUUCAACCACUCAAAUUCCAUCAAGUCAUAGUGCAUCCUAUAGUGACAUUACAACUUCCAGUGUUAUUGAUUCUUCAAGUUCAUUAGAAUCAUCCAGUGACUCUGUUUCUAGUGAAGUUACAACUUCAAGCGAAACUACUUCAUCAAGUUCAAUUUAUUCUUAUUCAUCCAGUGAAAUUUCAUCAUUUACUGAUAGCACUAUAUCCAGUGAUAUUGAAACAUCUAGUGAAUCUAGUUCUUCCAGUGAAAUUACUACAUCGACAGAAAUUACUUCAUCUAGUGAAGUAUUAUCUUCAAGUGAUUUAUCAUCUUCAGAAUUAUCAAUUCCAGCUUCAUCAUCCAGUGAUUUCACUUCAACCACUGAAACUUCAACCACUGAUAUUACAUCAUCCAGUGAUAUUACUUCAUCCAGUGAAAUCACUUCAUCCAGUGAAUCUAGUUUUUCUAGUGUGACUACUUUAUCCAGUGAAGACUUCUCUUCAAGUGAUGUAUCAUCUACAGAAUUAUCUAGUGAAACUUCAUCAUCAAGUGAAUUCAGUUCAACCUCUGAUAUUAGUUAUUCUACUGAAAUUACUACUUCCAGUGACACUACUUCGUCCAGUGAUAUUCCUUCUUCAAGCGAUAUCGAAUCUUCUUCUGGUAUUACAUCUUCAAGUGAAGUAUCAUCUUCAAGUACUAUAGAAUCUUCAAGUGAAAUCACUUCUAGUGAUAUUACAUCUUCAAGUGAAAUUACCACAUCCAGUGAAAUUAACUUAUCAGAUGAUAUUUCUUCUUCAAGUGAUAUUUCAAGUGAGAUUGACUCAUCCAGUGAUGUCGAUUCAUCUAUUGAUUACACUUCAUCUAGUAAUAUUCCAACUUCAAGUUAUGUCUCAUCUUCAAGUGCUAUUGAAUCAUCCACGGUUAUUGAAUCUUUAUCUACUGAUAUUGUUUUAUCUAGUGAUAUACCAUCAAGUAACGUUGAGACAACAACUGAUUUUUCAACUUCUAGCGACAGUGCAUCAUCAAGUACCAUUGAAUCUUCUAGUGAUAUUUUAUCAUCAUCUGAUAUUAGUUCUUCCAGCGAUGUUUCAUCAAGCACUGAAAUUGUAUCCUCAAGUGAGAUUUCAUCAUCUAGUGAACUUUCUAGUGAAAUUCCAUCAUCUAGUGGUGGUGUGUACUCAAGUUCAUUUGAACCCUCCUCUGAUGCUGAAUCAUCUAGUGAUAUUGAUAUUCCAUCUUCAAGUGAAACUACUAGUUUCGUUGUUUAUACUUCAUCCAGUUUUUAUUCAUCUACUGAAACAUCCAGUAUAAUUAUUACUCCAUUAGAUUCCUCAUCAUCAAGUGAAUCUGAUACAUUAGAUUAUACUCCAACUCAAAGUGUUUCAUCUUCUGAUGUUGCUUCUUCCAGUUUCGUUUCAACUUCCGACACUUUAGAAUCAUCUUCGAGUGAAAUUGAAUCCUCAAGUGAUUUUGCUACUUCUAGUAUUGUUUCUAGUGAUAUUUCUUCAUCCAAUGAAAUUCCUUCUUCAAGCGAUUCUCCAUCAUCAAGCAUCGUUGAGUCAUCUACUACUUAUUCGUCCUCUGUUGAAAUAACAUUAUCUAGUACAACUGAAACAUCAAGUUUUAUUACAUCAACUUCAGACCUUGAAUCUUCAUCUGAUAUUACUUCUUCUAGUGAAAUUACACCAUCAACCACAUUAGAAUCUUCAAGUGAUAUUAUUUCUUCUUCUAUUGAUUCCAGUUACAGUUCUGAAACAUCUAGUGCAUCAACUUCCAGUGACAUUCCAACUGAUGAUGAUGUAGAACACUUCCCAGAUGUUGUCCAGGAUAUCCAAGUCCCUACACUUUCUGUUCAAUUUCCAACUACUAGCGAAUCAUCUACAUUCUCUAGUUCGUUAGAUUCAUCCAGUUCUACAGAAUUAUCUAGUGAUGUUACUACAAGUUCUAGUGUUUCCAGUGAUAUUCCAACUGCAAGUGAUACUCCAGAUAGUGAUGAUGAAGAAGAACAAGAUUGUCCAGAGGAAGAAGAAGAAGAAGACCAAUACUGUCCAGAAGAUGAUGAUGACAGCUCUGAAGUGAGUUCUAGUUCUUUGACUUCUUCAAUUGCCGAUAGCUUUUCUUCUACUUCCGACGAUUCAAUUUCAAGCUCAUCUGGUAGUGAUAUCUCAUCUUCUUCAGAAGCUUCUUCAAGUGAUAUAGUGUCUUCAAGCGAUGUUUCAUCAUCUAGUUCUGUAGAAGCUUCAUCGAGUCUUUCUUCAUCAUCUAGUAUUACAUCUAGUUCAAUUGAAAUAUUGUCAUCUAGUGCUGUUUCAUCCUCAACUAUUCCAUCGGACAUUGAAACUUCAAGUGAUAUUCCAUCUUCAAGUGAUAUUCCAAGUUCUAAUGAACUUGCUUCAUCUAGUACAUUAGAAAAUUCAAGUUAUACUUCUUCGUCCACUUCUUCAGAAAUUAACAGCAGUUCCAGUAGUGUUGUUUCAAGCGAUAGCUCAUCAUCAAGUGAUAGUUCAUCUGUUAGUUACAAUCCAUCAUCAAGUGAUUAUCCAUCUAUUACCACCUCAUCAUCAUCAUCAAGUGAUAUCGAAUCAUCUACUGAAUCUAGUGAAAGCUCAUCAACCACUAAUAGUGAAUCAUCAAGUGUCUUUGAAUCAUCAUCAGAUAAUUUCAGUUCUUCGGAACUUACUUCCAGUGACGCUGCAUCUUCUACCUCAUCAGAAUCAUCAAGUGAUAUUAUUACUUCUUCUGCUACAUCCAGUUACACUUUCGAAACUUCUAGUGAGUAUUAUUCGUCCAUUACUACUUCAUCAUCCAUUUCACCCACUGACUCUCCAACUUCGAGUGACGCUCCAAACAACGAAAAUGACGUGGAAGAUAGUCCAGAAGAUGAGUUGGAACUUGAACAUAGUGAUUACCUGGAAGAUAUCGAAUCUACAACUUCUACUACUGAUUCAUCAUUAUCUACUGAUAUGCUGUCAAGUUCAAUAGAUUCAGCCAGUUACAUUACAUCUUCUACAUUAUCUAGUGCUACUACAUCUUCCAGUAUGAUGACUUUAUCCAGUAAUUUUACAUCAAGCAGUGAUAUUACCUCAUCUAGUGGAAUUCAAUCCUCAAGUCUUAUUUCAAUUUAUAGUUCAUUGAAUUCUGAAGGCUCAUCUACUACUAUCCAAUCGUCUUCUUAUGUCUCAUCUUCUAGUUCGUCCUAUAGUCAAUCAGAUUCUGAAUCUACAAUCUAUAGUUCAAGUUCAUCUGACGCUUCAAGCAUGUUAUCUAGUGACAGCCCUUCAUCCAGUGAUAGCCCGUCAUCUAGUGAUAGUCCAUUCCCAUCUACAUUUGAAUCGUCUGAUAUUUCUUCAUCUAUGUUUGUUACAUCAUCAAGCUACUCAACUUUGUCCAGUGAUAGCUCCUCAACUAUUGAUGAGUUUUCCACUUCCGUUGAUGCUAUAUACUCAAGUGAAUUAUCUUUAUAUAGCUCCACUUCAUCCACUUCAACUAGUCAAGAUGGUGCAAAUUCAUCAAAUGAUGAUUAUUCUACCGGAUCAGGUUCAAUCAUUUCAUCUGAUGCUAUAUCAGAGAUAAUAACUUCCAGCUAUGAAGAAAACCAAUCAUCGCUCACCUCUACUUUCACAACAACUGAAAUUGUCACCAAUACUAUUGUUGAAUCUGAUGAUGAAUCUGGAGAUGAAACUACUAUAUUUGAAGUUAGUACUAAAACUAUUAUCAUUUGUCCUGAAACUACCAUUACUUUAAGUACUGAUAGUGAAAAUUCUGACGCUAUCAGCUACACUACUACCGAAGUUAUAACUAACACUUCAGUCGUAAUAGAUGCAGAAACCACUGAAACUGUAUUUGAUGUUACAACUAAAACAAUCGUCAUUUGUCCAGAGACAACCAUUACUUUAAGUGAUGAUAAUGAUAAUUUAAGUUACACUACUACUGAAGUCGACACUGUUACUGCUAUUGUAUCUGAUUCUGAAACUACCGAAACGGUUAUUGAUAUCACUACUAGAACAGUUGUCAUUUGUCCUGAAAGUACUAUCACCUUAGAAGAUAACAUAAGCUAUACCACUACUGAAGUGGUAACUCUUAGUUCUGUAGUAUCUGAUGAUUAUGCCACUGAAACUGUUACUGACAUUAUUACCAGAACCGUUAUCAUUUGUCCUGAAACUACAGUUACUAUUGAAAAUGAGGAUAAUACUUCAAGUUGUACUACUACUGAGAUCAUAACCAAUACUGUCGUUGUUUCUGAUGCUGAUAUUACUGAAACUGUUGUUCAAGUUACUACUAGAACUGUUGUCAUCUGCCCAGAAACUACUUCAGUGAAAGAAGAUUUAGAAAUCGCAACCAUUUCAUCUUUUAGUACAGAAUCAGAAGGAGAGACUCCAACUGGUCUUACGUCAAAAGAUUAUGAAGAAACUAAAACAUCAGUUGAAACCUUCACUACUACCAGAAUUGAAUCAGAGUUAGGUAAUGGACAAGUUAUUACAUUGACGGAAGUUGCUACUAGAACUGUGUUGGUCGUUUCUUGUCCAACAGAUACUACUACAUUGACCUUGCCUGUUUCAACCACAACGUUACUUGCUUCAGAUGCCAAUGAUAUCGUAACAUCUACCUAUGAAGAUCACACUACAACAAGAACCACCACUAGUUUAAUUACUAAUAGUGCUAUUUCAACCAUGGAUGAUUCAAGUACAACAACAGUUGUUGAAGUUCUUACUAGAACUAUGUUUGUGAUUGAAUGUCCAGAAUCAACCAUUACAGUUGAUGCUUCCUCAUUAGAAACCUCAGUGUCUGAAAUCUAUACCCCUACUACCAUUCCAGUCGUUGAAUACACUACUACUCCAGUGAUUGAAUACACUUCCAGUGUUAGUGAAGUUGAAUAUUCAUCAGAAUCACAACAACCAAACCAAUACAACCCUUCUAUUUCUUUUGAACCAUUUGAAGGAAGCGCCAAUGGUCAUUCAUAUUUCAACAAAUCCACAUUAUUAAUGGUGUUCAUAAUGCUUCCAAUUUAUUUAUUUUAGAUCUUUUUUAACGACUUUCUCCUUUUCCUCUUAUGUUAAUCUAUGUAUUAUUAUUUAUUAGACUUUGCUUUUUAUUAGAAUGAAUGUAUAAUUAUAUUAUUAAGACUUAUCAUAGUAGCAAUAGGAAACUCUUGCAACGUCACAUGAUUAAUUUCAAUUUUUCAAAUUAUUUUGAUGAUUGAGCCUUUUCUAUAAAUUUUUCCAUAUUAUUAACAUGAUUAGUAAUAUGACAGAAUAUCUAAGAGAAGAGAAUGAUCUCUUUUUAUAAUAAAAUGAUGAUGCAAA